AUGGUCGCAUUCACUUACCUCCCUCUCGCCAUCACCGCGCUACUCCUAAUGGGCAGAGGCAUCGCAGCAGCUCCUUCCAUCGCCAACGAACUUAGCCAGCAAACAGCGUGCGGCUCCGUAAACGGACCAUGCGAUGAAAACGGUUGUGCAGGAUUCAACGACCCCGCUGGCGGAUCCUCCGGUGUUUGCAGUGCCGGGCAAUGGGCCGGAUGCCACUGCCAGAGCGUCUGUGGAUCCUCCCCCGGCCCGUGCAACGAGAACGGAUGCGAAGGUCAAUUCAACCUGGGUACUGGUAUCGGACAGUGUCAGGCUGGCAAAUACCGCGGAUGGCUCUGCAAGUAA